AUGAGUGUCAGAGAACUACAGCUCAAGAUAGGAAACAAAUGUGGAGAGAAUGGAGACAGAAAAUGUAAUUGUGAUAAUACUGGCGAAUUUGAUGCUGAGAAGUUAGAGACUCAAACAAAAGGCUUCAUUAGAGUUACUCACCGACAUAAGAAUGGAGAUAAAUUUACUCUACAUAAUAAACUACAAGGUGGAGGUCAAAUAGGAGCGCAAGGAAAAUCCAUAGAGAAGGUCACCGAGGUCUCUGUUUACUACUGGACUGCCAUUCCUAGUAACCCUAUUUUAAUUGAAAUUAAGGAUGGUAGUGGUACACAUACCUAUUAUGGCAAGAGUGAGGAUAGUGGUAAUAACGAUUGGAAUGAUCAACUCCAAGACGAAUCCCUUGAUAAAAUAAUAGAUGGCCAAAAUUGCAAGCAUAAUGGUGCUGUCACCUUAGAUCUUACAGAGGACACCUCUAAGACUCAUGCUGAUGGUGACUCUAAGGAUGUUAUCAAGGUUGUAUCCGAUAAUCAGAACGCAUACUGUUGCGCUUACCAUGAGAGUGGUGGCAGAGGAAAGGUAACUGUUACUAAGGAGACUGUUAAGGGAGGAAAAGUUCAAACUGGCUCCGGAGAGAUUACAUUCUACAAACAUGAGAUCGAUCCUGAUCUGAAACUUGCUGGUAUCUACUACAAGGAUGAUUCUGGUAAAAGAAAGAGUAUAAAGAUUCCUGACCUUGGAGGUUCCACAAACAAGUCAGUAAAGAUCUACACCUCCUACAACGGAAAUAAUCCAAAAAUAAUAUAUAUAGAAAAGAUUGGACCACCUGACGUUAAAAGUUGGUAUCAAAAGGAUGAAUCCAGUCAUAAUUGGGUAAAGCUUCAGAACAUAACAAAGGAUCCAAAUAACAUCGGAAAAUAUACUGAAGAACUUAAACAGCUUCAAGAGGCACUAAAUGGUACUCCUGGGUCUCCUAAAGGACCUACUGGUGAAAAGGGUGAAGGUGAAAGGAAUCUAGAAGGUACUCAAGGCGGAAGCUCUGAUGGUGAUGAUGGCGAAUCUGGAGAUGAUAGUGAAGGUGGUGCUGGAGGAGAAUCUGGCCCUCCUGGUAAUAAAAGUGAAAGUGGUGGUAAAGAUGGUCGAGAAGGAUCUACAACUGAUGAUGUUAGAGGUGGUCAAUCUGGAAGCGGUGGAGAAGGUCCUUCUGGUCAGGCUGGUAGUCAACCUGCUGUUCCUCCUGAACCUCCUAAACCUCCUGCAAGAUCUGUUGGAGCUGGAAUUCUCGCUGGCUAUGGCCUAUACAGUAUCAUAUCUGGCGUUUUUGGUGGAAGUGGCGCAGUAUGCGGAGUUCCAAGGCUUUACAGUUGGAUGAUAGAGAAUUUUUAUGGAAUGAGGAAGCCUCUGAAAUCUUCUGAUUUGGAGAAUGGAGUAGAUUACUUUUAUGUAGAUAUGAAUGCACUUAUUCAUUCCGCUACACAUGGAAAUAUAUAUCCAGUGGUUACGAUUGAAGAUCAACAGAGGAUGAAGAGAAUAACAGCUGCGUUGUUAAAUACAUUUAAACUCGUAAAACCUAGAAAGGUGAUGUAUAUCGCUGUUGAUGGUGUAUGCCCUUCUGCAAAGAUAAACCAACAGAGAACCAGAAGAUUUCGUCUUUGUAAAGUUAUAGAUAAGGUUAAAUCUAUACUUGAACCUGAAGAAGACACUGAAUCUGAGGAAGACUCCGAGGAACCUAAGCCCUUAACACCGGAGAAUUAUGUACUAAGAAAGUCAAAAAUAGACGGAUAUGAUAAUAUUUCAUUUAAUCCAAACUACAUUUCCCCUGGGACUGAUUUUAUGACAAGACUAGAUAACGAGAUUAAGAAUUGGAUUGCCUUGCAAACACACCUGGGAACUUGGGGAGAUUGUUAUGUUGUCUACAGCGGUACCAAUGUGCCUGGAGAAGGAGAACAUAAGAUUUAUGACUUAAUAAGAAAGGUAACAACAUUAGAUCGCAAAACAAGACUCGAAUCUCACUUAGUUUAUGGUUUGGAUGCAGAUUUAAUGAUAUUAUCUCUGAUUACAAAAAUGUCAAAAAUGUACAUUUUACGGGAAGAAAAGGAUUCUACACCUCAUGUUCUUGCAAAGAUUAAACCAGAUCCGUAUUAUGCUAAAGAUACUGGGCUAGUCCACUUCCAUUCUAAAGACUAUAUUGGCCUAAAAUCUGAUAAUUUUGAAGUUCUUUCAAUGAGAAAGCUUAGAGCGGGAAUGUAUAAUCGCUGUGUUAACUAUGUAAACACAAAAUUUAAACCGAAGGAUAGCGCAUUUCUAACUAAAAAGGGAACUCCAGCUAGACUAACAGACGAUUUUGCCCUUCUCUCCUUCUUUGCAGGAAAUGAUUUUUUGCCUCAUUUACCCAACGUGGAUCUCAAAGACAGCAGCUUUACUGAUUUAAUCAAUACCUAUUACUCUUUACUACCAAAAUUUAAUGGGUUUUUGACACAUGGUUUGAAAAUACAUACAAGGAGGCUCCAAUCCCUGAUGAAGGCGAUCUCACCAAAUGAGGCAAAAUACUUCAAGAUAAAGGCAGAAGUAGAAAGCGUUCCAGAGUUUGCCGAUUCUAGUGGGUAUGCAAAGUUUUAUUACGAAGAAAAAUGUGGUAUUGAUUACAAUGACAAAAGAGCUAUAAGGAAAAUGUGUGAGGAUUAUAUAGAGGGAUUAUUUUGGAAUCUGAGUUACUAUCAUUCUGGGUGUCCAAGCUGGGAUUGGUGUUACAAGUAUCAUUAUGCCCCGCUAGCAUCUGAUUUGGCAAGAGUAUCGUCUAUAUCCGUAACGUUUUACAAGGGAAAUCCGAUUACCCCUCUUGAGCAUUUACUGGCAGUUACUCCACCGAGUGGAAACGAGUUGUUACCCCCAAGAUAUAGGUUUGUCAUUUUUCACUCUGCAUGCAGUUUAUUCAGAUUACUAUCCGAACCAAAGGGAGAACUCUGCGAGUACUUCCCGGAAGAUUUUGAAAUUUGUCAAGAUGGAAAGGAGCAUGAAUGGGAGUAUACUGUAAAGCUCCCAUUUUUAAACACACGAAAGCUCUCUAAAAUCGCAAGGAGUGUAAACGAUGAAUUAGAGUAUCGCACCCUUUACAGGUUUGUCUUGUACUAUCUAUUUAGCGCAUUAUUUUUCACGGUUACACAAACUUCUUAG